AUGGCUCAAUCAGACGUGCCUCUUGGGCCACAGGGCUCUUUCUUCAACGACAGUGAGCGGCUGUGGGCUCAGCCAUCACUGCUGAGGGCAGCAAAUGAAGCAGUGAACGAAGCUUUGCCUGAACGCGCAGGCCAAGCUACCGCUGUCCCCUGCCAACCGGAGGCAGAAGCUCUGAAGGGCGUUUUUAGCAUCCUUGAGUCAGAAGGCCGAUUUUCUCUUUUUCUCUUCACCUUGCUGAGCACAGGCCUUCGCCUCCGACACCCCUUGGAAGAGCGUGAGAAGGCCUGGCCAGCAAACCUUCCUUAUCAUCGCAUUGCGCCCAGCACGGCGAAAAACGCCGAGCAGGCGGAAGCAAAGAUGAAAGCACAGGUGCAGCCUGCUGCACACGCAGCGCCGCAUCUUCAGCCUCGGGCAACUCAGGCAUCUCGGGCAACUCAGGAACCUCAGACAGCCGCGGCAGCCGUGCACGGAGUGCACCCCCAGGCUCCGGCUCAGCGGGCUCGAAGGCCGGCAUCGGCCAAGAUCUCCAAGCACAAGCGAGUGGCCGAGCCGGAAGAGGACAUCUACGAGGAUGUUGAGGGUGCUCACAUGGAUCGUGAGAGCGCUCCCAGCUUCUCUGCGGAGGCACAGGCUCCGGAGACUGAGCGUCCCGUCAACGUGCCCCCCGAGGUGAGGCACCACCGCGCAAGGAGGCCUGCCUCUGCCAAGGUGCACAAGCAUAAGCGGGUCAUGGAACACUGCGAGAAUGCGGAAGACAUCUACGACGAUUUGGAGCCGAGCCUCGUGGAGAGCUCCGAGUUCUCCGAGCAGGAUGCAGAACUCACGCCUCCACCACAAGGUGUGGAUGAGUGGAUUCACCAGGAGAGCUUCCCACGGCCAUUUCCAUUUCCUAGCGCCAAGAAGGUCAUCUCCAUCCGGUCUAGACAGGCGGCGAAAGACAGCCUGAGCUCGGCACCCUUGAAAAGUGCCGCCAGCUAUCGGGCUCUGGGAAAAUGGUGGAACGAGACGUACGAGUUCUGGGAUGCGCUUGAGAUCUGGAACGCUCCAAGCUUGAAAGAGGACAAGCGACCCGAGGCGCUCGAGCUUUCGCAGUUGCUGGAGCGGGUGAAUGCGACGGCUCUCAAGGCAAAUGCUGAGACUGGUGAGGAGAAGACCCGCACCCGACAGGACUUAUCCAAUCUGCUCGAGCUUCUGCCUGGCGUUACCAUCGCAUACUACAGGAUGCGUUUCACCAGCGUCUUCGACAAGGCGCCCGUGAAGCGCGGACUUUCCAGCAGCGCUGUCUAUGCAAACCUGGCUCUGCUCGCGGUCUUUGUGCGUGUGGUCGCACCACGGCUGCUGGCGGCUGACAAUCUGGAUGAGUUCUUCGAGGCCGUGCAGCCCCUGGGCGUUCCAGAUCGAGCAUCUUUGAUGAACGUUCUGCAGUCCGUAGCUGCCUAUGACACGGCCACGAAAGUGGGGCUUUACGUGCUAGCCUUCGUUGCUGAGAAGCUGUUCAUGCUGACGGAGUUCCUGCCCAUCCAAAUCGCCCUAAAGACGCUAGCGCCGAUUAUCUUUGGAGGUUUGGUGCAAGGCGCCUUGGCCUCGGCAGCUACGGAGACCUUAGCUGCAACCUCCAACUUCCUUCUUGGCCGGUCUUUUCUCGCGGACGGGCUUCGGGGCUUCUCCAUCUUCGGCAGCGAGCCAGUGGGGAAGGCCUCGUGGUUCCACUCCUUGGAAAAGGCCGCCAAGGAAGAUGGCGCGCGGCUCACACUUCUGCUAAGACUCGCGCCGGUCCUUCCACUGCCUUUUGACUCUUACUGGUACCUGUUGGGCGCCUUGGAUGUGGCCCUCGCAGAUUUCGCACUUGCCCAUUUCGCUGGCUGCCUGAAGACGGCCUUCCUGGACGCGUCCUUCGGAAUGCUGUUGCUGACGUCGGUCGGCAAUGAUGGCAGUGUGGUGCAGUCACAGGCGCAGCAAAUCGUUCUGGUCGAAUCUAUCGCUUUUGCGGUGGUCGCCAUACUGGUGGGCACGGUAGCCACGAGGCUGCUGAACGAGCUCUUGGGCCUGGAGGAGGAGUCCAAGGAGGAGUCCAAAGAUGAGUCCAAAGAUGAGUCCGCUCGCCCCGUGGACUGA